UGCGAAGUAAUCCCACUUCAUAUGCUCGCCACUUAUACCUUCUCACCACAUCCAUCACAACUACAUAUCCCAUAAACAUGCCUCGCUCAUCACGCUCUGGAGGUGGUCGCUCUGCGCCAUCAGGCUCUCGCGGAACUCACACAAUGGCAUCGCAAAGACCAGCUCAACAAACACAACCUGUUCCACACAAUCAACAUCAAAACGUACCUGCCGCUCAACAACAACAACAAGGACGUGCACCAGGAUUGUUUGGUCAAAUGGCUUCUACUGCAGCUGGUGUUGCAGUUGGUUCAACUAUGGGUCAUGGCUUGAGUAAUAUGUUGUUCGGAGGUGGUGGCUCAAGUGCUGAACCCGUUGACGCUCAGCAACAACAACCCGCUCAAUGGGAUCAACAAGGUCAACAAUCUUCUUUUAACGGUAGUGGUGUAAGCUGUGAAGUACAAUCUAAGGACUUCUUGCGUUGCUUGGAGGCCACCAAUAACAACAUGGACUCGUGUGCAUUUUACCUUGAUCAAUUGAAGGCAUGUCAAGCUGCAGCAAGACCUUAUUAAUCAUAUCGAUGAAAUUGCUUAAAUCACCACUCAAUCAUGUCAUGUCUAUAACAGUAAUUAAUGCAUUGCAUUCCAGCUAGGAAGGUGCUCUAUCAUCUUUUCGAUAUAUGCCUCAAGGAUUGUACGCGUAAUUAGCGUAGGUG